CAACAUUGUGUUACUCAAACCUUCCUAGAAUACAUAAUAUUUACAUUUGGCUAAAAUAGGCUUAAUGCUAAACUUCUUUCCUUAUUAUUUGACCGUAACGACUUCUCCAGUUAAGAGAGCGCUGUUGCCAUGACAACACAGAAACUUUGACAUGGCGUCCCUCUUAACAGACCCGCUGUUUGAAAUCUCUGGACGCGGUUCACCACCAAACAAAACUUUUUACUAUUUUGCUGCCACGAACACCGUUGUGAUCUGGAGAUGGUGGAAGAUAUCCCUGAGAAGUGCAGACAGGCACGCCAGACCUGGGGAGCUGAAGGAGUCUCACCAGGACUUCUUGGAUGACACUCAGUUACAGAGUGAGGUCAGUAUGGUUUUCGGUCCUCAAAUUUUGCAGUACACCAAAGCUCUGUGCCAAGGCCACUUUGAUUAUCUGGAGCGCCUGCCUGACUCCUUACUUCUGUCGAUAAUAAAUUAUCUACAACUAGAGGAUGUGGGUCAACUUGGACGGACGUCACACAGGUUCAAGCAGCUAUGUAUGUCAGACGGGUUUUGGGAGCAGGCAGUGCGCCGACACUGCAACACCGUUUCAGAUGAGGUAACUUCUCUGGCAGCUGAGGUGGGAUGGUUCAGCAUCUUCUUCACCAGCAAGCUGCAGCUGCAGAAAUUGCUUAGCCGCAGGAGGCUGAAGUCUUAUGAGGACCAUGAGGAAAGGGUCUCUGACCGCAAUAAAAUGGUUCAGGAAUCUAUUGAUGAAAACUCAGAGGAAGAACAGAUAUCCGGUCCUGAGCUGGACUCUCAACUUGGUAUUAUCCCCGAUCCAAGCCUUGGCUCCGAAACUGGCACUGGCUUUGACACCAGCUCUUGCUGUGAUGCUGACCCUUACCCUGACCCUUGCCUUGAACCUGAGGCUGGCUCUGAAUUCAGCUUUCCCUUGUCUGACCAAUUGUUGAAGGAGACCAAGAAGUGUGUGGAGGAAAUGCAGGGCCCAAACGAUGCACUGAUUAUUGGAGGAGUAGACUGCAGUGCAGAGCCAGACAAGACACAGAGUGAAUGACUGUUACACAUUCCUCAACCUUAGAUGAGCUGUGUAAUGACCAUCACAAUAAUUGCAUCUUUAAUUUGAUAAAUACAUUUUUCUCAAUAUGUGUCAUAUAGUUUCUGAGUUGUUGAUCCUCUACAGUAUCUGGGUUUUAUUACUUUCUGUUUUUACUGUGCCAUUAACUUUCUGACUAAGUGUAAUAAUACACAAACUAAAAAUGCAAGAGGACCUUAUAGGUUGUUAUAUUUGUUCACGGUAAUAAUUGUUUUGGUCUACACAAGUUUAACGUUUUACAUCUAAUGUACAUAAC